AUGGGUGGAGGCUUACAGAGGGAAGGCUCGACCGUGCACGGGGACAUCCAGGGCCCCCUGUGCACGACGGCGGAGCAGCCCUCGGCCCUGGGGGCGGUGACCCAGGCCACGGCACUCGCGCCCAAGGCGAGCCAGGCGAAGGCGGACGUGGCCUCUGACGCGGACGAGCUGCGAGGCAUCGGGCACGCGGACGCGGACCUGGCCUCGAUCAUGAAGGUGGUCUCGACGACCACGACGUCGACCAUCCGCGACCCGGCGCAGAAGCUGGCAUCCGAGGCGUCCCCGCGGGAGGCCUCGUCGAUCACGUCCUCCAGCGGCACCCGGGCCAACAGCCGCUGCUGCCGCAGCGGCAGCGGCAUCGAGACGGGGCAGGAAGAGGGGCGGGCGGACAGGCCGAUCACAGAGCCGCAGACGGCAAACCGCUCACAUCGAGAUGUUACCUCGGGGGGAGCGGCCCUGGUGUACAGCAGCACCCAGGAGCUUCGGAACGUGAACCGUGCCAUGCCGCUGUGGCAGCCUUAG